GCGGGCGCCGCCGUGCUGCUGGUGGAGAUGCUGGAGCGCGCCGCCUUCUUCGGGAUCUCGGCCAACCUGGUGCUCUACCUCAACAGCAAGAAUUUCAACUGGGCCGGCCACCAGGCCUCACGCGCCGCACUCGUCUUCCUGGGCGCCUCCUACCUGCUGGCACCUGUGGGCGGCUGGCUGGCUGAUGUGUACCUGGGCCGCUACCUGGCCUUGGCGCUCAGCCUGCUGCUCUACCUGGGCGCCUCAGGCCUGCUGCCCGCCACUGCCUUCCCCGACGGCCGCCGCUCCUUCUGUGGCGAGGUACCAGUGACGCCGAUCGGGCCCGCCUGUCCCUCGUCCCACUGCCCACAUACCCCGCCCAGCCCCUACUGCGCGCCUACUCUCUACGCGGCGCUGCUGCUGCUCGCCCUGGCCGCCAGCUCCGUCAGGACCAACCUUACCUCCUUCGGUGCCGACCAGGUGACGAGUCUUGGCCGCAGUGCCACCCAUCGCUUCUUCAACUGGUUUUAUUGGAGCCUAAACCUGGGUGCUGUGCUGUCGCUGCUGGUGGUGGCCUUUAUCCAGCAGAACAUCAGCUUCCUGCUGGGCUACAGCAUCAUCGUGGGCUGUGUGGGCCUGGCAUUCUUCAUCUUCCUCUUUUCCACCCCUGUCUUCAUCAUCAAGCCCCCCACAGGCAGCCAAGUGUCCUCUAUGCUUAAACUUGCACUCCGAAAUUGCUGCCCCCAGCUGUGUUGCCGAUACUCUGCCAGAGACCCACAAGGUGCCCAACUACUCCCUGACCAGAGGUCUCCCCAGCCUGGCGCUUCCCCACAAGAGGAUGUCACCAACUUCCAGGUGCUGGUGAAGAUCUUGCCCAUUAUGGUGACUCUGGUGCCCUACUGGAUGGUGUACUUCCAGAUGCAGUCCACAUAUGUCCUGCAGGGUCUUCACCUCCAGAUCCCCAACAUUUUCCCAGUCAACCCUGCCAACAGCUUCACAGCUCUCCACACCCAGCCCAACAGCUACACGAUCCCGGAAGCCUGGCUCCUCCUGGCCAACGUCGUGGUAGUGCUGAUCCUGGUCCCGCUGAAGGACCGCGUGCUGGACCCUUUCCUGCUGCGGCACAAGCUGCUACCCUCAGCUCUGAAGAAGAUGGCGCUGGGAAUGUUUUUUGGCUUUACCUCUGUCAUUGUGGCAGGNGUCCUGGAGAUGGAGCGUUUAGACUACAUCCACCACAAUGAGACGGUGUCCCAGCAGAUUGGGCAGGACCUGUACUACGCAGCACCACUGUCCAUCUGGUGGCAGAUCCCUCAGUACCUGCUCAUCGGGAUCAGUGAGAUUUUUGCCAGCAUCCCAGGCCUGGAGUUCGCCUACUCAGAGGCCCCGCGUUCCAUGCAGGCCGCCAUCAUAGGCAUCUUCUUCUGCCUGUCCGGGGUGGGCUCGCUGCUGGGCUCCAGCCUGCUGUCCCUACUGUCCCUGCCGGGGGGCUGGCUACACUGCCCCGAAGACUUCGGGAACAUCAACAAUUGCCGGAUGGACUUCUACUUCUUCCUGCUGGCUGCAAUCCAAGCUGCCACAUUCUUCCUAUUUCUCUGGAUUGCUGGCCGCUAUGAACGGGCAGCUCAGGGCACAGACAGCAGGAAUAGGGGCUGAACAUAACCCCACCCACACCCCGCCUCCCUCCGCCGGACACACAGAGCAGUGGCAGUCGCAGCUGUGAUUUCCUUCUCGCUUUAUUCUGUACCCAACAAAGAAUGAAAUGUUUCCCAUAAAUAAGGGGCGCGAGCCC